UUUUGAUAUAUUGUCAAAGUGAAUCUGAUGUGAAUGCUAUAUCAUAAUAUUUGUAGUAUAAAAGAUGGUACUGCAAUUGUGCAACAAAGAGUGGUUCACAUAUAAUAUUUCAUUUGACAAGGGCAAACAUAAUUAAAUUAGUUUACAUGAAUAAAAAAGAGUACAGAUCACAACAAUAGAGUGUUAAAUUUGUGAAUAGAGAGAUAUGUUCACUUUUGGAUAAGUUAAUGGUAUUAUUUAUUAAAAUAUGUAUUACAUAGUUAAAGUAGAUAAUGAAGAAAACAUCUUGAUUCUGUGUAGAGGAUGUUUUCCAUUGAGACAAUCAGAUAAAAUUAAAUGGGAUUAAAAUGAUUAGAAACGACUAAUAAGAGUAUUUAGGAUUAGUUAUUGGAAAAAGGAAAGAAAUUAAAUGUAAUUUAACAAAUCUCUAUAUACUGUUAGUCUCGAAUGGUUACUUUAGAACGGAUAAAUCAAUACAAAGAGGAAAGAGAGAAUAAACCAGGAUUAAAAUUGGGAGAUUUUGAUAUUGGAAUUACAUUAAAGUGAUCCACUCCCUAAUUAUACAGAUGAAGGUUAUACAUUUGAAUGUAUAUGGGUGCUAACUACCUUUAAAGAAUGUAAAUUGGUUUAAAAAUCUUUAAUUUAAAUGAAACUUCAACUAGUAAUUAUAUUUAGAAAAUAAUAUUGGGGAGAAUUGACACAUUGGUUCCUACAACAAAAAUAGAAAAUAUUCCUUCAAAAUUAUCGGCUCCAAAUUUACCAGAUUUAAAUGUUUACUAAGCAGAUGCAGUUAAGAAGGCAUUGAA